AUGAGUCUGCGAUUGGCCUCGCUAGACCCCAACGAGCCGCGAGCUGCCAAGGACUGUAGGAAUUGCAAUCGCAGGCGCAUCAAGUGUGACAGAAGCAUUCCUACCUGCAAGAAAUGCGGCCUCCGGUCGUUGGAGUGUCCCGGCUAUGGACUGCGCAUACGCUGGGACCAGGGCGUAGCGAGUCGAGGGAAGCUGAGUGGCAUGAAGAUACCUGUGCUCGGCGGUCAGCCAGCUGCUCCUCUGGUCAAGACGCCCACGCCUCCUCGUAGCGAGAGUCCCCUCCCACACAUUCGCCAUGCGGCAACAUUCCCAGCUCGGGUGGACAUCACGAGUCUACUCGCGUCGCCUGCGCCUGCCAUUGCGGGCUCCAGUCGAGAGGAUUCCCAGCAAAACGCGCCUGGAAUAAUAUUCGACAAUCCACAUGCGCUGAACAUCAACCUGAGCGAACGAGAAGUCCCGUCCCCUCUGGAAGACCCAGCGGCGCAACGCCUAUUCAAAUACUAUGACCACUUUGUGUCUGCCACUUUUCCAUGGGUCGAAGGGCCUGACAACCACUGGCGAACAGUAAUGUUACCACUGUCACUCGAGUACAGGCCGUUGCUCCUCGCGCUGCUGGCAAUGGCGGCUGAGCAAUACUCGUCAAAGACAGGGUUUGAAUGGAUUUUUGCGGACGGAUCGUGUGGCUCUGCCCAGUUGCGAGACGACUGUCUCCGUCUUCUUUCGCAAGAUCUGAAGGACGAAGUCUCAGGCGCGGCGCCAGAUCAGCAACGACACUCGAGUGGAUUGCUUGCAGCCAUCCUCGCGUUGUGCAAUCUUGAGAUGGUGCGCUCCGAUUCUGCACUGUGGCGUGUGCAUUGGAGUGCAGCUCGAGCUAUCACACAUCGGUGGACAAGUCCCCCGAAUUCAGCCAUGAUGCUGAACUACAACGACAGAUUCCUUGUGGUCGAUGCUUUCACUUACGACGCACAUGCCUCAUGUACCACGUUCGAUGGAUAUCGGCAAAUUCCCAACGAUGUUGUCCACCCGCACGAUGUGGACAUUUUUAUUGAAUACUUCAGGCUGGUGCAGGACGUUACUCGUUUCGAACGAGCCCGUUUCGAGGAUUACAACCAUCCAGUGCCAGAGUGGCUACAAGACAGACACAGAAUACGCGCGGAAUUCGAGGCUGUAAGAAGACGAAACCAAGGCUUCAGCCAGCUAUUUCAAUUGGCAUCGGAAGAGAGAAAACACGACUUUGACGCCUUGAUCGACAUGUACCACUACUCAGCAAUGUUAUACGCAUUUCAGGUCGCUCUGCAUCCUGUGGCAGAUCUACUGCUGCGCCACGAAUGCGCAGAAGGAGCCAUUGAUAGCUUGAACCGAAUCAAGAGUCCAGAGGGCAUUCAACAGAACUUCGUGUGGCCACUCUUCGUGGUCGCAACAGAAGCAAGAGGCAUGGAGGAGGCACAGAAAUUUUGCGAGUGGCACCUUCUCGACGCUAUGGCGGGAACAGGUUGGGGAAACUUCUAUCCCGCUCUUGAAUUCUUGAAAAGAUUUUGGAAGACUACGCCUGGCUUGCACCCCACCUGGAUAACUUUCGCGAGGGAGGAGUCAGCAAGAGGGAUCAAGCUCCUGGUGAUAUGAGUGUUUAGAGCAUGUUUGGACAGUACACAGGUCGGGAGGGCAACAGCACCCAAGUAACACAGACCACGCAGCAAUGCAUUAAUGAAAUGAUCCUUCUCAGACACACGGCUUCAGG